GCAUGUGCCAGAAGACAUCGAGAUUGCGCAUUACACGACUUACAUGGAGAUGGUCACAGCUUUCGUGGAGAUUGGCUGGCCAGCCCUGAAGAAGGGCUUGCUCUUUGAGCAGACCAAGCCCCAACUGCACGAAGAUGACGUGGCGCCAGCUGAGAACCAGUGCGAUUUGCUCAACCAUCCCGAGAAGCCCUUCGGCCACCCUCCCCUGGGCUUGGUGGAGUCGGACACCAAGGCUUCUCGCACCUUGGCGAUGUCUGCUGCUUUGAGCCAGGCCUCGCGGACCACGCACGAGGUGUUGGACGCGCAUGGGGCAAGCUCCUCUGUAGACGCCACCGUACAGAAGCUGCACCAAGUCUGGCAUCCCGUCUGCAAAGACCUGGGAUGCGAUCACAGCAGUUUCUGGGAUUUCCAUUUCGCCUCGCACCGGCAAACCUUGGCCCUGAUGAAGCUGGACUCCGCGCCCCACGUCCAUGCGGAAAUCCAGCAACGUCACCGGCUGCAGAAGCGAGUACUUCGCUUCGUUGAGGACAAUCCCGGCUACUACGGACAGAUCAGGAAUUCCAGCUCCUCGCCAGGUCGCAAGUUCGUGGACCCUAGCUUCAUCCAGGCUUCUUCCAGGAAAGCUUGGCAGCGCUACGCCAACAGGGGGAGAGAGUCGAUGAUCAGGUUCGUUAUGCCGACCAUGCAGGCAUUGGCCAGCACCGAUAAGACGAGGGCGUUACAGCUUCUUGACCAGGUGGAGUUUCGGAAGUUUCAGGAGCGAAGGCAUGGAGAACAUCAGCUGUACAAUCAGGACUUGAAAGACGGGCAAGAGGAAGACGAGGACGAGCUCAGUUAUGCCGGUAGUGAGGAGGAAGACGAGGACGAGCUCAGUCAUGUCGGUGGUGAAGAGGAAGAUGAGGACAAGCUCACCCAUGCUGACGGUGAAGAGGAAGAUGAGGAUGAGCACAGCGAUGAUGAUGAGGAGGAAGACAAAAUGCUCAACAAGCCUGCCGAUGAUGACUCCACGGAAGUCGCGGAGGUAGCCCCCAUGUACCUGCAGGUGUCCGAGGGCGACGAGUUCGAGUCCGAGUCCGCAAUGGAAAGUGGCCGCAGGCGCCGCCGCAGGCGACGCCGUCGCAGAAGGAGAAGGAGAAGAAGGAGAAGAAGGAGAAGAAGAAGAAGGUGGGUCGGGGGCAGAAGGCGUCGAAGACGUCGCAG